AUGAGUGGACAUUUCUGUUUUACUACUGUUUUUGUUGACUCUGAGAAGAGCCUUUGGUUUUCAUUGGUCAGUUCAAUUGUAUCUGUACCUGUUGUUGUUGCUCAGUUUGGAGCGAUGUUGAAUGAAUUUCGGCAUCGAGAUGUCAAUUUUCUUCUGCUAAGGUUCCGAACGAAAUUAGAGAGAGUGAAAAACUGCGACAAAACUGGAAAUACGACAAAUAUUAUUUUCUAUAUUUUACCAAGAAGCCUUACAAACACCGAUAAUAUGGUAGCUUAUCAUGACCUUCGAAAUCUAUUUAUUAAUCUCAGGAUAUUCAGUAAUGUUCAGUAA